GGACUACACAUCCAAGGUGCUACACGAUGGGUGCAGCUCGAGUCAUUUACUGGUUCCGCACAGAUUUACGCUUGCAUGAUUCUCCUGCUCUGCAUGCUGCCCUUGAGCUGAAGCCUGAAGUCCUGUACCCCGUCUGGACAUGGGAUCCUCACUAUGUCUACCAUGCUCGCGUUUCUUCAAAUCGCUGGCGAUACCUGCUUGACUGCCAAGCCGAUGUCGAUAAACGCAUCAAGAAGCUGACUGGAUCCAAUGGAUUGCUCGUGCUGCGAGGCAACCCCUUGAAUGUACUCAAGCAAGCCCUUCAAGACUGGAAGAUUACGCAUCUGGUCUUUGAGCAAGACACAGACACAUACGCGCUUUCUCGUGAUACACAAGUGAGAGCAAUGGCUGAAAAGCUUGGUGUCAAAGUUGUCUCAAAGCUCGGUAGAACUCUGUGGGAUCCAAUAGAGCUGAACAAGGUUCAUGGUGGAAAGCCAGUCAUGACCCUAGCAGCGGUCCAAAAGCUUGGAUCACAAAUUGGUCCUGUACCGAGACCUAUCGAAGCGCCGACAUCGCUACCUUCUGCCGGUGAUACAAAGUUGGAAGCACCCAAGGACGAGAUACAAGACGCUCCAGAUUUGAAUGAGCCAGCUCGCGGCGAUGGUAGAGUCACUUCAUACGAUCAAGUUGCUGGUCCGAAUGGCGACUAUUCAGUGCCUACUAUGGAGGAAAUUAACAUUAAGCCAGCCGAAGGGCCUUAUCGAGGCGGCGAAACAUUGGCAUUGGAAGCACUGGAAGCAUACAUGGCGGACAAGAAGAAGACAGCUACCUUUGAAAAGCCCAAGACAAAUCCCGGAGUCUUCCAUCCACCAGAGACGACCCUGCUUUCUCCACAUCUGCAUUUUGGAUCUCUAUCUAUUCGCACCUUUUACUGGCGCGUCAUGGAUGUUUGCAAAGCUUAUGGCUCUGGUGCAUCAAAGCCACCGGCUUCGCUCGAAGGACAGUUGCUCUUUAGAGACAUGUACUUUGCUGCGCAAUGCGGCAUUGACAACUUUGAACAAACGCUAGGCAAUGCACACUGCCGAUACAUCCCCUGGAGGCUGCUACAAGAGCCAGACGAAGAAGCAGAGGCAUGGCUCGAGGCCUGGACGCACGGCCGCACAGGUUUCCCAUGGAUUGACGCUAUCAUGCGCCAGUUGCGAAGAGAUGGAUGGAUUCACCACUUAGCACGGCAUUCAGUCGCUUGCUUCUUGACACGCGGACACUGUUAUAUUGCAUGGGAAAAAGGUGCUCAAGUUUUCGAAGAGCUUUUGAUUGAUCACGAGACUGCUUGCAACGUCGGAAAUUGGCAAUGGCUAUCCUGCACAGCCUUCUUCUCGCAAUACUACCGUGUCUACAGUCCUGUGGCAUUUGGCAAGAAGUGGGACAAGAGUGGUGCAUUGAUCCGCGAGUUUGUUCCGGAGCUUAAAAAUGUGCCUGACAAGUACAUCUACGAGCCUUGGCUGAUGAGUAAGGUUGAUAUGAAAGCUGCUGGAUGCAUUCUUGGCCAAGACUAUCCAAAGCGCAUCUUUGAUGAAAAAGAGCAAGCCAAAGUGGCACUUGCUGGGAUGAAGGAAGCUUACGACGCGAAGCUCUACGGCGAUAGUCCGCAAAUCGGCAAGACCAAGUCUCCUGAGUCUCCUGUCAAGAGUGGCAAGAAGCGUGGACAGCAAUCUCUUGACGGCUUCGCCAAAAAGGCUAAGAUUGAACCGGCUGAGGAGCAUGAAGCAAAUGAAGCUUGAUGUUUGUCAAUCUACUCC